AUUUCAUAAAUAAUACAAAUAAAUUAGUUUUCUCUUAUUCCUCUCUUUCCCUACCAUGCACAUCUAACCCAUCACCAUUUCCUGUUCAAAACAUAUCCUGAGCCUGGCUACUUUUCACCACUUCCUUGUCAUGUCCUCUCUGAGCUGCUGCGAGCUCUUGCCUGGAUUCUUGCAGCAGGCUCCUAAAUCAGUAAUUUCCCUGCCCUCACACUCAUUUCCCUCAAGAGUGGUCAUUCAAAACAUAAGUCAGAUUUGGCCACUUCCAUGCUAAAAAUCCUCAUAUGCCUUCCCAUCUUACUUUACCAGUCAGACAGCUGAUACUGGCGUAUUAUGCCCCAUGUGAUCUCAACCUUCUUGCCCUGCAAAUUCACUCACUCUCACUUCAUUUAAUACAUUACUCUUCAGUCACACUGGUUGCCUUCUGAUUCUUCAAACAUACAAUCAUUGUUCCCGCCUCAAGGGCUUCAUCCUUGUUUUAUCCUUGUUGUUCCUUCUGCAUGGAAUGCUGUUCCAUAGGAAUUUUGUGUGGCAGCCUCCUUCCUGUUCUUCAUAUUUCAGUUUAAAUGUCGCCUACUUAUAGAAGUCUUCCUGAACCACUGAAUAGCAAAUAGCCUCCUAGCCAUUCCCUUUCCAUCAGAAGAAUUUUAAUUCUCUGCACAUUGCUAUCUGCUAUUUUCUUGUUCAUGACAAUUUCUGAUUUUGUUGUUUAUCAUCUAUCUCCUCUUUGAAAUAUAAAUUCUAUGAGAGCAGAGACUUGCCUUGUUGCCGAGUCUAUUUCCCAGUGCCUGGUACAUAGGAGACAGUCCAUAAAUAUUUGUUGAUUGAACGGAUACCUUGCUGUUAUUAAUUUACUUCUGUUUUCAGGACUGAGACCAGAUGGUCGAGAUGCUAUAGUCCAGCUGAGAAAUGCUUGGGGCUCUCUCUACUGUGAUUUGCAGCAAAAGAACCCUCAGCUGCCAUCCUACAUGGAACAUCUGGCCCAAUAGCAGAUUGCUAACACCAGCUUUAGAUAAGGCCUUAACAAUGAUGAAGAAAUUCCUCAUGCUUCCUCCUGAGAAUCCUCCAGGGCAUAAAAGAUACCACAGCUUAGGGCUUUAGUAACAGCCCAGGCAAGAAAGCGUUUGAUUUUGAGGCAAAAGUGCCCACCUCUGAUUAAUCAAAGCAAAUGUUGGGCCUCCAAAGUAGUCAUUUUAGAGGCUGAAACUUUUCCUACCAGUACUGCCAGGUCUGUAGACAGUUGUGGAAAUCCUUCUAGAGCUAACAUUCAUGUGCCUCAACUCAUAUGUAGCCAACUGUAAACUGGUGCCCAACUUUAAGUGCUCAUUUUGUAUAAGGUAGAGAUGUAUUAUCAUUUCCAUUUUACAGCUGAGGAAACUGAGUCUCAGAGAAGUUAUAGGACUUUCUCUGCAUCUCGUGACCCUGAAUGUUUUAUUCAUGAAUACUUUCAACAGUGUUUGAAAGUGUGUCUGGUUUUCAGAAAUGACCAAAUGUCACUUGAGCCGAAGUAAAGCAAAUUAAGUAGAUUCUCAAGGUUGGAUAAUUCAGUUUCUGAUUAGUAAAUCCCUACAAGCUCUAGAAGGAGCCUUAAAGAUUAUCCAGGUUGAUAAGAAAAGUUCAGACAACCACAUAUGUACUCAGGAUUCCACUUUUUGGCUUUUGUUUUAGGCAGAUCUAUUUCAUGCUAAAUAAAUCUAUCCUAACCUUUGCAGCAUACGCCUGUCACGGAGAGGGGACAGGGCUGAGAGACCGACUACUUCAAUCUCUGCCCCUCUGCCAAGAUGGCUUAAAGAUAAAAUCUCACUGUGUUAGCAUGUUUCAAGGGCUCUUUUGUUCUUCUAUUGUUAUAUUAAUGAGAAACAAAGGAGGACGGGUGGAAUCUCUUUGCUUUAGAAAACAAUAUCAAUCCAUUAGAAAACAUACUAAAUAAUUACUAUAUGAGAGGUGUGUAAAGACCUGUAGAAGUCAGUCAUUUCCCUUAAUAGCUAUUAUGCUGUGGAGAGAUGGCAUCUGCACCAUUCAUAACAGUAGCGCACAAAUUGGCACAGGGAGAAGGCCAACAGCAAGCUGUUCCAGGUAGACCAGAUGUCUUGAAGGGAGGCUCUCUCUCUUUCUCUCUCUCUCUCUCUCUCAGUAAACACAAUGUCUAUUUCCUGUCACUUUCACUGUUGAAUAAUUAGCUAUUUAGUAUCUGGAAUAAUUCUUGAUAAAUAGAGUUAUGCUUUUAAAAAGAGCAUCCCAACUGUUCUGUUCUCAGAAGGAAGCACUUUUUCAAAACACAUUCUCCAAAGGCAGUAUUUUAUCCCGUUUUCCCAGUCAUGAGGUGGUAUUGUGCUGCCAGAUGUUGACUCAGAGAUGAGGGAAUGGGAACGUGUUGGUGGCAAAUCUCUUUGGGGAAAGAUAGAAAAGGUGAAGGGAAAAAAUAACUAGAGAAUCUAAGAAGACCUUUGUUGCCAUCAUUAACACUCAGUCCAAAGUAGGUUGAAGGAUUCUGGGUACAUGGAUGGGUAGGGAGAGGGACAGACAUAAGCCAUGAAGUCAUACAGAGAUCAGUACACACUGGGGAUACUUGGCCAGCUUUGAUUUGGCUGUGACUCCAAUGGGCAUAUGAUUUGUUCAUUAACAAAUAUUUCUUAAGUUACUUCUACAUCUGGAAAAGUGGUCUAGGCAUUGGGGAUCCAUCAGUGAAAAACAAAAACAAAACAAAACAAAAAUCUCUGCCCUUGUGGAGCUCCAGAGGGAGAUUCAGACAAAAAAAAUCCUAAAGAUAAAAAUAAAUUAUAUAAUGUGCUAGUGGGUGAUAAGUGCUAUGGAAACAAGAAAAAAGAAUAAAACAGUUAAUAGGGACUUGGAGUCCAGGGUGUGAGAGCCUUUUGCAAUUUUAAACAGGUUUUUUAGAGGGGGCUUUUUGGAAAUGGUAUUGGUGCAUAGAUUUGACAGGGUGGAGAAGCCAGCCAUGCAGAUAUCCCAGGGAAGAGCAUUCCAAGCUGAGGGAUCAACCAUUGCAAAGAGCCUAAGGUGGGAAGAUACCUGUGGAGUUUGAAGAACAGCAAGGAGGCCAGAAUUGCUGGAGCCCAGUGAAUGUAUGUGUGUGUGGGAGGCAGGGCUCAGGAUGGGAGAUGAGGAGCAACAGAGAAAAAGGGGAGAGGGAGGUGGGCAGUAAUAGUUGAGGUAAGAGAGAUCAAAGAAUGAGGGACCUAGGGUCUUGCUGGUCCUUGCAGGAGUGCAACUUUAGCUUGACAGAGAAUGGAGAGCUUCUGCAUAGUUUAGAUCAGACAAGUAACCUUAUGUGAUCCAUAUUAAACACACACACACACACACACACACACACACACACAACCGUCUCUUUGUCUCAUAUGUUGAGAAUAGAUUAAGGCAUAAAAAUAAAAGAUUUCUCUUUUCUAAACAUAUUGCCUUACUUAUAUGACAGGGUUGCUAUGAGACUCCAAUGCAAAAAAAAAUUAUUUUAAAAAUUACAAAGCACAGUGCAGACCCAAACUAUAAUUAUUUUACAAACAAUAGAGUUCAAAAGCCAAGGUCUCUCUCGCCUCUUCUGAUCCUUGACUAGUAACUGUAUUCAUGCAAUUAAACUAGCCUGUGUAAAAGAAGCUGCAGGAAAAUUGAUAACUGUGUAUUCAAAAAAAUGUAAUUUUAUGCCUGAGUUUUAAGUCAUUUAGAUUUUGCAGAUUGCUAUUUAUUUUAUGUUCUGUUUUUGAAAGAAAUGCUUAAAAAAAACAACAACAACAUUACAAUGCGUUAGUACUAGGCUUGAAUACUGAAGACUUUAAAUUUAACAACACACCAGGAGAGGAGCAGAAGUGUGGGAACUUUAAACCUAUUUCCUUCUUAAUCCCUUCAGAGAGCUAGACUGGAGCACUGGCUGGAUCUUCCAACGUUUCUCGGGGUGCUCUCUGUUCUUUGCGGUGGCCCUGCCGCCAGGUGAACGCUGCCGGUGGGAGAGCACACACUUAUUGCGGCCAGCUGACCUUCACAGUCUGGGGGGAAAUGUUAAAGGAUUGUGGAGAAGAGGCCUUGAGACUCCAAGAGGAAGAGGAAAAGGGGGCCCAAUGAAGCCUGAGCCACCCAGGAGGUAGAACUGAGUUAAUUUAAUAGGGCUGAUUAUCCAAGGUAAUUAUGUAAAAGAGAAGGCUAGGAGGAGUUCUAGAUGGCUGCAACUUGGAGUUUACUCUGCCUAAGCCACAGGACGAAGUCUUCAGGCUGGCCGCCUCCCUCAGGACCCUGGAGCUUGAACCAGGUGCCGCCCUAUGGAUGGGAGAUGACGGCAAACCGAGAUGGGCGAGACUACUUCAUCAAUCACAUGACACAGGCAAUCCCUUUUGAUGACCCUCGGUUAGAGAGCUGCCAAAUCAUCCCUCCGGCUCCUCGGAAGGUGGAGAUGAGAAGGGACCCCGUGCUGGGGUUUGGUUUUGUGGCAGGGAGUGAAAAGCCAGUGGUCGUUCGCUCAGUAACACCAGGUGGCCCCUCGGAAGGCAAGCUGAUCCCGGGAGAUCAGAUUGUAAUGAUUAAUGAUGAACCGGUCAGCGCUGCACCCAGAGAGCGGGUCAUCGAUCUGGUCAGAAGCUGCAAAGAAUCGAUACUCCUGACUGUCAUUCAGCCUUACCCGUCUCCCAAAUCAGCAUUUAUUAGUGCUGCAAAAAAGGCAAGAUUAAAGUCCAAUCCAGUCAAAGUACGCUUCUCUGAGGAGGUCAUCAUCAACGGCCAAGUGUCGGAAACUGUUAAGGACAACUCGCUUCUUUUUAUGCCAAAUGUUUUGAAAGUCUAUCUGGAAAAUGGGCAGACCAAAUCAUUUCGCUUUGACUGCAGCACUUCCAUUAAGGAUGUCAUCUUAACCCUUCAAGAGAAGCUCUCCAUCAAAGGCAUUGAACACUUCUCUCUCAUGCUGGAGCAGAGGACAGAAGGGGCUGGAACGAAGCUACUCUUGCUUCAUGAACAGGAGACUCUAACUCAGGUGACACAGAGGCCCAGCUCCCACAAGAUGAGAUGUCUUUUUCGAAUUAGCUUCGUCCCAAAAGAUCCCAUUGACCUUUUAAGGAGAGAUCCAGUUGCUUUCGAAUAUCUCUAUGUUCAGAGUUGUAACGAUGUGGUUCAGGAGCGAUUUGGGCCGGAGCUGAAAUAUGAUAUAGCCCUGCGGCUGGCCGCGUUACAAAUGUACAUUGCAACUGUUACCACCAAGCAAACGCAGAAAAUCUCCCUCAAAUACAUCGAAAAAGAAUGGGGAUUAGAGACUUUUCUUCCCUCUGCUGUGCUGCAAAGCAUGAAAGAGAAGAACAUAAAGAAAGCACUUUCACACCUUGUCAAAGCAAAUCAAAACUUGGUACCACCGGGUAAAAAGCUCUCUGCACUACAAGCCAAGGUCCAUUAUCUCAAGUUCCUCAGUGACCUGCGAUUGUAUGGUGGCCGUGUGUUCAAGGCAACAUUAGUGCAGGCAGAAAAGCGCUCGGAAGUGACUCUCCUUGUUGGGCCCCGGUAUGGCAUAAGCCACGUCAUCAACACCAAAACUAAUCUGGUGGCCCUUUUAGCCGACUUUAGCCACGUCAACAGGAUCGAAAUGUUUUCUGAGGAGGAGAGUUUGGUGCGGGUGGAACUCCACGUGCUGGAUGUGAAGCCCAUCACGCUCCUGAUGGAAUCCUCAGAUGCCAUGAACCUGGCCUGCUUGACGGCUGGAUAUUACCGGCUGCUUGUCGAUUCCAGGAGGUCAAUAUUUAACAUGGCCAACAAGAAAAACACAGUGACCCAGGAAACAGGAACUGAAAACAAGGGGAAGCAUAACCUCCUUGGUCCAGAUUGGAACUGUAUACCCCAAAUGACAACCUUUAUUGGCGAAGGGGAACAAGAAGCCCAGAUAACAUACAUAGAUUCAAAGCAGAAGGCGGUGGAGAUCACAGACAGCACCAUGUGUCCAAAAGAGCACCGGCACUUGUACAUAGACAACGCCUAUAGUUCAGAUGGACUUAACCAGCAGCUGAGCCAGCCCGGGGAGGCCCCCUGUGAGGCGGACUAUAGAAGUCUAGCUCAGCGGUCCCUAUUGACCCUCUCAGGACCAGAAACUCUGAAGAAAGCACAGGAAUCUCCGAGAGGAGCUAAAGUGUCCUUUAUUUUUGGAGACUUCGCCUUGGAUGAUGGUAUUAGUCCCCCAACUCUUGGCUAUGAAACACUACUAGAUGAGAGUCCUGAAAUGCUGGAGAAGCAGAGAAAUCUCUACAUCGGCAGUGCCAAUGACAUGAAAGGCCUGGAUCUCACUCCAGAUGCAGAGGGCAUCCAGUUUGUGGAAAAUUCUGUGUAUGCAAACAUAGGCGAUGUGAAGAGCUUCCAGGCCACAGAGGGGAUUGAGGAGCCCCUCUUGCACGACAUCUGUUACGCAGAAAACACCGAUGAUGCAGAGGACGAGGACGAGGUGAGCUGUGAGGAGGACCUCGUGGUGGGGGAGAUGAACCAGCCGGCCAUCCUCAACCUGUCUGGGUCAAGUGAUGACAUCAUUGACCUCACAUCCCUACCCCCUCCAGAAGGUGAUGACAACGAGGAUGACUUCCUGUUGCGUUCUUUGAACAUGGCCAUUGCCGCACCCCCACCUGGCUUUAGAGACAGUUCAGAUGAAGAGGACUCCCAGACCCAGGCAGCUUCCUUCCCUGAGGACAAAGAGAAAGGCAGCAGCCUGCAAAAUGAUGAGAUCCCCGUGUCCCUCAUUGAUGCUGUGCCCACCAGCACUGAAGGCAAGUGUGAGAAGGGACUGGAUAAUGCCGUCGUCUCCACGCUGGGAGCUCUAGAGGCUCUAUCCGUGUCAGAAGAACAGCAGACCAGUGACAAUUCAGGUGUAGCCAUCUUGCGGGCUUAUAGUCCUGAGUCUUCGUCAGACUCAGGCAAUGAAACUAACUCUUCUGAAAUGACUGAGAGUUCUGAACUGGCCACAGCACAAAAACAGUCAGAAAACCUCUCCCGCAUGUUCUUGGCCACUCACGAAGGCUACCACCCUCUUGCAGAAGAACAGACCGAGUUCCCGGCCUCCAAAACCCCCGCUGGGGGCUUACCUCCAAAGUCCUCACAUGCCCUGGCUGCUAGGCCAGCAACCGACCUCCCACCCAAAGUUGUGCCUUCCAAGCAGUUACUUCACUCAGACCACAUGGAGAUGGAGCCUGAAACCAUGGAGACUAAGUCAGUCACUGACUAUUUCAGCAAACUGCACAUGGGGUCGGUGGCAUACUCCUGCACUAGCAAAAGGAAAAGCAAGCUGGCCGAUGGUGAGGGGAAGGCACCCCCUAAUGCGAACACAACAGGAAAAAAACAGGGGACCAAAACAGCAGAGAUGGAGGAGGAUGCCAGUGGUAAAUUUGGUACUGUGUCUUCACGAGACAGUCAACACCUGAGCACUUUUAACCUGGAGAGAACUGCCUUUCGCAAGGACAGCCAAAGAUGGUAUGUGACCGCUGAAGGUGGGAUGGCUGAAAAAAGUGGAUUGGAAGCAACAUCGGGGAAAACCUUUCCAAGAGCUUCUGGUCUUGGGGCAAGGGAGGCCGAAGGGAAGGAAGAAGGAGCUCCUGAUGGAGAGGCCAGUGAUGGCUCAGGACUUGGUCAAGGGGACCGCUUCUUAACUGACAUGACCUGUGCAUCUUCAGCCAAAGACUUAGAUAACCCAGAGGACGCUGACUCGUCCACCUGCGACCAUCCUUCCAAGCUUCCUGAGGCUGAUGAGAGUGUGGCCCGCCUUUGCGACUACCACUUAGCCAAGCGGAUGUCAUCGCUGCAAAGCGAGGGCCAUUUUUCUCUGCAGAGCUCCCAAGGCUCUUCAGUGGAUGCAGGCUGUGGCACGGGCAGCAGUGGCAGUGCCUGCGCCACACCCGUGGAGUCCCCGCUCUGUCCCUCCCUGGGGAAGCACUUGAUUCCUGACACUUCUGGGAAAGGUGUGAAUUACAUUCCUUCAGAGGAGCGAGCCCCUGGGCUUCCCAACCAUGGAGCCACCUUUAAGGAACUGCACCCACAGACAGAAGGGAUGUGUCCACGGAUGACAGUGCCUGCUCUGCACACAGCCAUUAACACCGAACCCCUGUUUGGCACAUUGAGAGAUGGAUGCCAUCGGCUCCCCAAGAUUAAGGAAACCACAGUGUAGCUUUGACAGAGCCUGGGAAGGAAAGACGAGGAGGCAUGCCUUCAGCUUGGUCUCAACAUCCUGAAGCUGAUCCCAUCCUGCUACCAUCAAAUAUUCACUCGGAAUCCAAGGUGCCAAUUCCAAAUCAAGACCCUAAUGAUUUCUCCCAAGCAAAUCAGGCAUACGGAGAGGCUGUGAGCUGGCGGCCACUGGAUCUGAGAGGGGGGAGCCUCAGGACACCCCCCAGCCAGAAGGCUCUAAGACAUAGCAGCAGUAUCCUCUCCGGAUCUGUCGAUUUGGAGACCUUCCGAGAAAGAACCAAGGGUGCAGUCAGCUUAAAGUGUCCAGGCAUCACAGAAGCACAGGAGGCCAGUUCUGAAAGGCGAGCAGAACUCCCCCUGGGGAGGAAGCUCACCAAAAGUUUUUCCCAAAGCUUGAUGCACUUGAGCUCUGAGGGGAGGUUUCACAAAAGGUCCCCAGUGGCUCUUAAAGACUCAAAGCUGUAUAGGACAUUACCCUUGCGGAAGCUGGACGGCAGCAAUUGGAGAUGUCGGGGACCCUUCAGCUAUUGCUUCCUGAACCGAGGGCAGGAUGAAGAUGGUGAGGAGGAGGAAGAGAGGGAAGAGGCCACCGUCCAGGUCUCUUGCCUCUAUAGACCACAGAUGACUCAAGCCAUGCCAGAAACAAGCAGCCCACGAGUGGCUGCGGGGGGGAUUCAGAAGCAAGGAGGGGAGCUAUCCAGAGGGUCAGUGCUGAAGGUCUGGGCAGAAGACCUGAGCGGCCCAGAUGACUUGGACUUCAGCAACCUGGCUUUUGAUGCCCGGAUUGCAAGAAUAAAUGCCCUAAAGGAGAGCACAUAUACAAUGCCUGAUGGGUUCCUUGCAGCCCAAAAUGAUGCCAAUGAGCUGCUCUGUCUCGUCAGGGCAACCAAGGAGAAGAGAGAGGAGUCACGCCCUGAAGCGUAUGACCUUACACUUUCUCAGUACAAGCAACUGUUAUCCAUCGAGUCCAGACAGUUGGGAAGUGCCUGUAGGAAAAUGGCGAUGGCUGAGAAAAGCCCGGAGGAGAUGCUCCUAGCUAUGACUUCCAGCUUUCAAGUGCUCUGUUGCCUAACGGAAGCUUGCAUGCGAUUAGUUAAAGUCGUGAACUCAGAAACACAGCGGCAGGAAAUUGUAGGGAAGAUCGAUGAAGUGGUCAUAAAUUACAUUUGUCUCCUGAAAGCUGCCGAAGCAGCCACUGGAAAAAACCCUGGGGACCCUAAUGUUGGACUCUCGGCGCGACAUUCAACCACCAUGGCCGCUCUCGUAAGCACACUGACACGUUCUCUCAAGAGGCUUUUAAACAAAUAAAUAUGGAAGUCACGUCAUAAUCUACCUUUGCAAAGCCAUACAUGAACUUUUAUUUACUUUGUGUGUAUGAUGAACAGAUGUCUCCUUUCUUCUCUGUAUAUUUGUUAUUUUAUAUAAAAUAGGAGAUAAAAGUCACAUUGAUGAAAUGUUGAAAUGUACUAAUCAGAUGUAUUCUGUUUAUAUUAUACAUAUAUAUACACGUAAAAGAAAUAUCCAAGAAAGUGAUGACAUUUGGCUAUUUUUCAUAUAGUUUAAAACCCCACAUACACGAUGUGAAAUUUUAAAUUCCACCAUGUCAGAGCAAAACAACGAAUCCUAUCCCCUUUCUUUCCAAGUAGAUACUUGGAGACCAUAUCAUUCCUAUUUACAAGUAAAACACAAAAAAAGAGAAAAGAAAUCACAAUGUAUAUAAAACAGUACUUAUUUAAAAUUAUGAUUUUUAAGCAUUGGAAAUAGCAAAAAGACAUUUAAAAUUCAAGAAGCUAUUAAUUACUAGAGAAUAUAUCUGUAAUAAAUUAAUUUUUUGCUCAUAGUAUUUGGUUACUGGAUGCGUUCUUCCAAGAAUCCCACAUAUUUAAUUUGAGUUUUCGCUAUUUGGGCUACAAAUGGGUGGGGCGUAUUCUACUGUGUCAGCACAAAUGCUCUUCACAGUGUUUCCAGCAUUUAAAAAACUUCCCAGGGAGAAGAACAGAGGGAAUGAUGGGCAGUUUCCUAGGUAACACCUAGAGUUAUAUAAUAUCUCAUUACAUAAAACAUAUGGAAUAAUACCAAAAUUAAUUGAUGGAGAGAUCUGCUUUGGCUAAAUGACAAAAAUCUCCAAACCAAAGACAUUAUCUUCCCCUCACCCCAGCUCAACUAUGAAACUUAAAAUUCCCUUUAGAGUGGUGGGACAUUUAGUAAAGUAUUUGCAAACUUACAAAAAGGAACAUUUAAUGAUCAUCAAAAUUAAGUACAGAUUCAGCAGUGUAGACCAGAGCAUACACCAGCACCUAUGAGUCUCAUCUAAGAUCACGGCUCUCAGCAUAGGGCUUCAUGCAUCACCACCUGUACAGGGGCUAAGGCUGCCAGUCAAAUUUGGAAUUAUAGCCUAGUACUGGGACAAAAUCUCAAAUCUUGGAUGUUCCAGAAAAUCAGGGAGAGAUGGCUACUGUAAUCAUGGGAGCCAUGAGUAAAUAAAUAGUAAAUAGUAAAUACUUAAUCUGGAUUGGCUAAUAAAAAUAUGAAAUCUGGAAAAAAGAAGUGGAAGUGGUAUAUUUGACCAGUUCAAAUGAAACCAAUGGAAUGCAAAGAAGUUUCCAGGUCUGUCAUGUCUCUAAAAGUACCCUGCAGUCAUAAAAUAAAAUCGACAUGUAUAUAUGUAUUUCCUGGGUCAUUCAGUGCUCAAGUUACAUGCACUCCUACAUAGAUAGGUGGCUCCUUAAGAUCAUGAUGGGAGUACACCAGAUGCAAAUAUUUCUACUUUUAUAGCCUACCGAGAAGGAGGCCUAACAUAGUCCACAAUUGCAAUUUCUCUCUAGUCAACCAUUCCACAGAGACUCAACAACAAAACCCACACGUGGUUAUGGGUGGCAGCAAAGGAAAGGAGUUUAGGGUGUGUUAUUAUAAAUAAUGUUUAACUAAAUAAUAAAACAUUAUUACAAUUAUAAAUAUUGGUGUUUUGAUAUUGAGAGAUAUUAGUGGUGUUUACUGUGGAAAAUCUUAGUAAAUAUCAUUCUGUGUACUAAAAUCCUAACCUAUUAAUAGGAUGUGUGCCCUAUGUCAGACAGUGUGCUAAGCAUAUUAACUAUAUUAUCUCAUUUAAUCAUCACAACAGUCUGCUGGUUUGGACACUAUCCUUUAUUCUCUCUGGAGGCAAUAUGGUUGCAUUGUUAUGGAUAUGAAGUUUGGGGUCAGAAACAUCUUGAUUUAAAUUUUGACUCUGCCAUUUUCUAGCCCUUUCAUGUUGGGAAAGCUACUUUUUCUACGUCUCAAUUUCCUCACAAUAAAAUGAAAAUCAGUUAUAAGAUCAAUUUCAUAGGGUUUUCAUGAGUUUUGAGUAAAAAUGUGUAUGUAAAGUUCUUAUCACAAUACCUGGCAGAGAGUAAGUAUUCAAUUAAUGUUAGCUAUUAUCACCAUAAUCGUUGUGUUCAAUAUAUUGCCCAAAAUAUGUGGGGGAAUGUUUGUUUUGUAUGCAUAUUGUAUCCUGACUGUGUGCAGAACACAUUAUGUGGAUUGCAUAUAUGUAAAAGAAGUGUACAAGGAAGUGACCAUCCUUGUUCAAGUCUCAUAUCUAGUUAGAACAACUUCCCAGUCCAUUACGAGUUCUUUGAGAAGCCUCAGGGAAGUAGCUCUGGGUCUUUCUAAUCAACCUCCCAUUACUGCGCCAGUAAGUUUCUGUUUCUUAUAAAUAAACUCUUUGCUAUUCAGAAAACCUCACGGGGCCCCCGCAUUCACUAAGCAUGGGGCUCCUAACUGGGGUCCAGGUCCAUAGAGUAUAGCAAGAACAUAUUAGAACAAUACCUGUGCUUAUUUUUAUCUAGCUUUUUUAUGUUUGUGUAUGUUUUAUAAUGGCAUAAUAGUACAAUGGUACAUGUACAUAAUUUUAAAUAAAUAAAUAAAUGAAUGAAUAAAUAA